GCCGCCCGUGGGGACCCGCGGGCCCCGAGCUCGCGCCAUGUCGCGGCGCAAGCAGAGCCGGCCGCGGCACCGCGACGCCGAGGGGCCGGCGCCGGCGGAGCCGCUCGGCGAUGGCCCGAAGGCCGCAGAGCCCCCCGCGGAAGGCGACGGCAGCCCGAGGCCCCCCGCCACGGAGCCCCCUCCAGGGCCCCGGGAGCAGACCGCCACUGGGGAGAGGACCUUCAACUGCUGCUACCCAGGGUGUCACUUCAAAACUGUUCACGGCAUGAAAGAUCUGGACCGCCACCUAAGAAUCCACACGGGCGACAAGCCCCACAAGUGUGACUUCUGUAACAAGUGCUUCAGCCGCAAGGAUAACCUCACCAUGCACAUGCGCUGCCACACCAACAAGAAGCCGCACAAGUGCCACCUGUGCGACUACGCGGCCGUGGACAGCAGCAGCCUCAAGAAGCACCUGCGCAUCCACUCCGACGAGCGGCCCUACAAGUGCCAGCUGUGCCCCUACGCCAGCCGCAACUCCAGCCAGCUCACCGUGCACCUGCGCUCGCACACCGGGGACACGCCCUUCCAGUGCUGGCUGUGCAGCGCCAAGUUCAAGAUCAGCUCGGACUUGAAGCGGCACAUGAUCGUGCACUCGGGGGAGAAGCCCUUCAAGUGCGAGUUCUGCCACGUGCGCUGCACCAUGAAGGCCAACCUCAAGUCGCACAUCCGCAUCAAGCACACCUUCCGGUGCCCGCACUGCGCCUUCCAGGGCCGGGACCGCGCCGACCUGCUGGCCCACAGCCGGCUGCACCAGGCCGCGCACCCCGAGAAGUGCCCCGAGUGCAGCUACUCCUGCUCCAGCCCCGCCGCGCUGCGCGUGCACCGCCGCGUGCACUGCCAGGACCGCCCCUUCAAGUGCCACCUGUGCAGCUUCGACACCAAGCGGCCCAGCAGCCUGGCCAAGCACAUGGACAGGAGCCACCGGGCCCAGGCGCACGCCGAGAGCCGCCGCCGCCGCGGGGCCUUCCGCUGCGAGACCUGCGGGGCGGCCUUCGUCAGGGGCGACUCCCUGCGCUGCCACCGCAAGCAGCACGGCCACCCGGGCGGCGGCGACGGCAAGGGCGCGCCGCUGGUCACCUUCCCCGCGGAGGGCGGCGCCGAGGCCCAGCUGGGGCCUCUGGUCUCUGGGGGGCAGCUGGAGGGGCCCCUGGAGCCCAGCCUCGGCCUCUAGCGUCCCCGCGGUGGGCUCUGGGGGGGGGGGGGGGACUGGCCGGGGUGCUGAAGCAGACGGCCUGGACCCCGCGGAACACGAUA